GUCGUCUAUUUGUGGACAAACUACAACUACGACGAGCAAUUUUGGCAGUGCCCCGACUAUGAUUUCGCCCUCGACACCCUGGACGAAGCUUUGAGGCCGUUUUCCGGAGUGACGGUCAAACCAUUGUGGUAUAUCGAUUUGGAAAACGACUGUCUGGUACGUUCUGGUGUCUGCCUCUCUCGGUGGUUUACUCACGAUGGGCACAGGACAUGUGAUGUUUCGGAGGUCUCGACGUGCCACUGGUUGUGGGUACCAUUGAGACGUGCUCCAUACAUGUCGGUCCUGUCGAUGUGCUCGUACUCUCAUUAUGUUCCAGUAUAUGCUGUCAUCGUACUAUCCUUGAUAACAUGUUGCGCCCCUGCCCCCCGGGGCAUUUGUGUAGUUGACGCAAGCUUCCCCCCCGAUUCGUGA